UAGUUUCGAGAUAAUGUAAGAGAGGUCGAAAUUUCAUAACAACAAGUCAAGUACGACGGUUUCUUUAAUAAAGGUGAUGCAUAGUUUUGAGAUAAUAUAGGAGAGGUCGAAAUUUCAUUCCAACAAGUUAAGUACGACGGUUUCUGAAAUAAAGAAAACAUUUCUUCAAUCUUGUGCUUACGGUGAUAUCCGUGGAUUCAAAUCGAUAUUGAGAAGAUGGUAGAUGCGAUCACGGAGUUCGUUGUGGGAAAGAUCGGCAACUAUCUCAUUGAAGAAGCAUCAAUGUUUAUGGCAGUCAAAGAGGAUCUAGAAGAGCUGAAGACGGAGUUGACGUGCAUCCAUGGUUAUCUCAAGGACGUUGAAGCGCGAGAAAGAGAAGAUGAGGUCUCAAAAGAGUGGUCAAAACUGGUUUUAGAUUUCGCUUAUGACGUCGAAGAUGUUUUGGACACUUAUCACUUGAAACUCGAAGAAAGGUCACAAAGGCGAGGCUUGAGGAGAUUGACCAACAAAAUAGGCAGGAAGAUGGAUGCGUACAGCAUAGUUGAUGAUAUCAGAAUUCUCAAGAGAAGAAUUUUGGAUAUCACUCGCAAGAGGGAGACUUAUGGUAUAGGAGGCUUGAAAGAGCCUCAAGGAGGAGGGAAUACUUCAAGUUUGAGAGUGAGACAACUUCGGCGUGCUCGAUCUGUUGAUCAAGAAGAGGUUGUAGUUGGUUUGGAAGAUGAUGCUAAGAUUCUUUUGGAAAAGCUUCUUGAUUAUGAAGAGAAAAAUAGAUUUAUUAUCUCGAUCUUCGGUAUGGGAGGCCUUGGAAAGACUGCACUUGCUAGGAAGCUCUACAACUCAAGGGAUGUGAAGGAAAGAUUCGAAUACCGCGCAUGGACUUAUGUUUCUCAAGAGUAUAAAACUGGAGAUAUACUAAUGAGAAUCAUUAGAUCUUUGGGAAUGACUUCUGGGGAAGAGUUGGAAAAGAUCAGAAAGUUUGCAGAGGAAGAGUUAGAAGUUUACCUUUACGGUCUUCUAGAAGGGAAAAAAUAUUUGGUGGUGGUGGAUGAUAUAUGGGAGCGAGAAGCGUGGGACAGCUUAAAGAGAGCGUUACCUUGCAACCAUGAAGGAAGUAGAGUCAUCAUCACUACGCGUAUUAAAGCCGUGGCUGAAGGCGUAGAUGGGAGAUUCUAUGCUCAUAAGUUAAGGUUCUUGACGUUUGAAGAAAGCUGGGAGUUGUUUGAACAAAGAGCAUUCAGGAAUAUACAAAGGAAGGAUGAAGAUUUGCUGAAAACCGGAAAAGAAAUGGUUCAAAAAUGCAGAGGGUUACCACUUUGUAUAGUUGUUCUUGCGGGGCUUUUGUCGAGGAAGACACCAAGCGAGUGGAAUGAUGUUUGUAACAGUUUAUGGAGACGCCUAAAGGAUGACUCCAUUCAUGUUGCCCCUAUUGUGUUUGAUCUAAGUUUCAAGGAGCUGCGGCAUGAGUCCAAACUCUGUUUUCUGUACCUUAGUAUCUUCCCAGAGGACUAUGAGAUUGACCUAGAGAAGUUGAUACACUUACUUGUAGCAGAAGGUUUUAUACAAGGGGAUGAAGAGAUGAUGAUGGAAGAUGUGGCUCGGUACUACAUCGAAGAGCUGAUAGAUAGAAGCUUACUUGAAGCAGUGAGAAGAGAAAGAGGAAAAGUGAUGUCUUGUAGAAUCCAUGAUCUUCUGAGAGACGUGGCUAUCAAGAAAUCUAAAGAGCUCAACUUUGUAAACGUGUAUAACGAUCAUGUGGCCCAACAUUCUUCUACUACUUGCAGAAGGGAAGUGGUUCACCAUCAGUUCAAGAGAUACUCAUCUGAGAAACGCAAGAACAAACGGAUGCGAUCCUUCUUAUACUUUGGAGAAUUCGACCAUUUGGUAGGGCUUGAUUUUGAAACAUUGAAGCUACUUCGAGUGCUUGAUUUCGGAAGUCUUUGGCUUCCUUUUAAAAUUAAUGGGGAUCUGAUCCACUUGAGGUACCUUGGAAUUGAUGGUAAUUCUAUCAACGAUUUUGAUAUAGCAGCUAUUAUAUCCAAGUUACGGUUUCUACAAACACUAUUUGUAUCUGACAAUUAUUUCAUCGAGGAAACAAUCGAUCUCCGUAAGCUCACAUCAUUAAGACAUGUCAUAGGAAAUUUUUUUGGAGGAUUGCUUAUAGGCGACGUAGCGAACCUUCAGACCUUGACGUCUAUCUCCUUUGACAGCUGGAACAAACUAAAACCUGAGUUGCUCAUAAAUCUUCGAGAUUUGGGGAUUUCUGAAAUGUCUAGGUCAAAGGAGAGAAGAGUUCAUGUGAGCUGGGCUUCCUUGACUAAACUGGAAAGUCUUCGUGUUCUGAAGCUGGCGACGCCCACUGAAGUCCAUUUAUCGUUGGAAUCAGAAGAAGCAGUUAGGUCCAUGGAUGUGAUAUCACGCAGUCUUGAAUCCGUGACACUGGUUGGAAUAACUUUCGAGGAAGACCCAAUGCCUUUUUUGCAGAAAAUGCCGAGACUGGAAGAUCUGAUCUUGUUAAGUUGUAAUUACUCGGGGAAGAUGAGCGUCAGCGAACAAGGUUUUGGUAGGCUGAGGAAGCUUGACUUGUUAAUGAGAAGUUUAGAUGAGUUGCAGAUAGAAGAAGAGGCCAUGCCCAAUUUGAUCGAGCUGGAAAUAAGUGUUUCGAAAAGAGAAACAAAGCUGAUAAUUCCAAACCGUUUGCGAGCGUUUGGUCAAAUCUACUGCUGAUGAGUUAUGAGCUACAAGAAACGGGAAAACAUGUGAACCAGGCCUUAAGAUUUAUGUCUUUUUAAUAUCAAGUCUGCGACAUAAUACCACAGAAUGUGUAGAUCUCUUAAAGCUUUUGAAUCAGUACCAAUUUACACACCACUUGUAAACAUUUACUGCAGCAAAGAGAUUCACAGCCGCGCAGACUCAGGUCGUCACAUGUCUAGAAAAGAAGUUGAACUUCAUGUACUAGUAAAGAUCAUCAAAAUUGUUUAGAAAAUUUACAAACUACAUGAUUUUUUGUGCAAUUGAAAAAAAAAACAAUUUUAAGAUUGAAUUUCUGCAUCAGAGAAAACAAUUUGUAGCAUCUUUUCUUUGUCUUUGGUUACAUAUACUAACAAGAUAAGACAUACGCAUGUGCUGAAUAGUGUCAACAAAAUAAAUAUAUAUCGAUGUAUAG